AUGGGUUUUAGUAUUCGGAAAGGAAAGCCAAGAUAUUAUAGUGGAUCAAAGAACAUAAGGCAACAUCAAUUUUUAUGUUCUAAAGAGGGUUUUAAAAUAGAUGAAGACCCUUGUGAAAAGGAAAAAUUGAAUAGGCUGGAGACUAGAAUUGGUUGCAAAGCAUUUAUUCGUUUAAUUGUUGAAGAUGGAAUUUGGAGGGUUACUGCCUUCAAUCCUGAACAUAAUCAUGAACUUGCAUUACAAUCAGAGCGACAUUUGCUAAGAUCUGCUCGUCACAUUUCAAAACCGAAGGCAGGUGUGAUUAAUUCUAUGAUAAAUGCAGGUAUAAGCACAAAGAAUGCUUAUUCAUAUCUAAGAGAAGAAGUUGGAGGCAGUGAGAAUAAACAUACAGAAGAUCCUAUGUUCUUUUUCACUGUUCAAGUAGAUCAAGAAAAUCGCAUGACUAAUUUUUUCUGGACAGAUGGGAGAUCAAGGGUUGAUUAUGAUUGCUUUGGAGAUGUGGUUGUUUUCGAUACCACCUAUCGCACCAAUAAGUAUAAUUUGAUUUGUGCUCCAUUUGUUGGUGUUAACCACCAUUGGCAAAAUGUGAUGUUUGGUUGUGCUUUCCUUUUGGAUGAAACCACUAAUUCAUUUAUAUGA